AUGCCAAUAAUAAUAAGUGUGUAUCCAUAUAAUAUUGAAGGUGGUAGUUUACUAUGGGUAUUACACUGGAUAUGGGAAACACUUUGUCAAUUUGCAUUUGUACAAGUUGGUUGUACAAGUGAUAAUUUAUUUGGUUAUUAUGCAAUAAAUAUCGUUGCACAAUUUCGUGUAUUAUCAUAUGAAAUUGAAUAUACAAAUACUGAUAAUUAUGAUGAAAAACAAAAAUAUAUUAAUGGACCAAUUGUUUUGGCAAUGACAGUAUCAACUGCUCUUAUUUUAUGUACUCUUAUUUUUCAAGUUAAUCAGAUGGAAAAUAUAACUAUGGGACAAAUGGCAUUUUUAGCAGUAUACAUAUGGUACAAAUUGAUGCAAGCAUUUUUAUAUGCAUGGGCGGGUGAAGAAAUUAAAAUUGCUAAUGAAGCACUUCGAAUGGCUGUUUAUAAUAGUAAUUGGGAAAAUAAUAACACUAAAUUAAAUAGUACUUAUAUAAAUAUGCUGUUAAAUCAAAAAUGUAUAUCUAUUCGUGCUUGUGGUCUUGUUGAAAUAUCUGCAGAAUUGUUUGCAAAGAUAAUAAAUACUACAAUGUCAUACUUCUUCUUAUUACAAACGAUCAAUCAAGAAUAA